GCCCAACGCAUCCAAAAGUAAUCACUCCUUAUUUUGAUCAAAUGUGUAUGCUCGCGAUACAAACUUCAAUUGUUGGCCGAAAUAUAAAUUCGUCCCAUAAAUCAGGUGAUCAAUAAGAGGAGACUUAUGAAAUUGGGAUGACGCAGAACGCAUCGGGCUCAAAAAAUAAUAUUCGACAUUUUCCAAGCCAGCUUGCAGUAUCGAAGCUAAUGUAGGCCAGCAUUGGCCAGUACAAUACGCCGCACCUGUGGCCCCCAGACUUGAACUAGCCUCUCCGCUCUGAGUGGGACCCAUCGUGGCACGCUCGUUGAUUCACGCUUUUUGUGCCGCGUGUGCACCAUCCACUCAACGCGGACAGCUACUGUUUGUUAGCGGUGUUCCCCGUGCCCCCCGUGCCACCAACACACCCACGCCCGAGUCUGUCCAUACCACGGCGGAGAAAUUUCGCAUUGCCGUCCUAAUCGCUUAUAACCAGCUACCGCCAAACAUGACGAACCCGGAUUGGAGAGCAUCUGUGACGGCCACAGAAAGAUAUGACAAGAUCCAAAAUAUCCAACUUGGUAUCGACAAAAAUGCUGCCGCGGCGGAGGGAAAGAGUGCCUUUGCCAUUGAAACGGAAGCUUACACGGCAUCGUCAUCACGAGAGGAGUACGAAAAUGCAUGUGAUAUACUGAGGAACGCCUCGAAGCCGGCCAGCAAUGAUGAAAACGACAGCCCAUCUUUCACUCCCGCAGCCCGCCAUGGCUCAGAGAUGGCGGAAUCGGGGGUCAGGAUCGGCACGCACCAGAACUGCCAAUACAUCGCCAGCGGCGUCACGGCCGAAGUAUAUCGGUGCGACACCCGGGCCUUCAAGGUCAUUGUCGAGACGCACAACAUUGCGCCACACGAUCCGGUCCGCGAGUCCCGUAUCCUUGCGGAGCUGUCCCGGCCCUGCAUCCCACUGUUGGAGACCUUCAGAGACCACGAGCAGCGCCUGGUGCUUGUGUUCCCUUACAUGCCCCUGAGUCUUGAGGAACAGCUGCAGCAGAAAGGCGAGGCCGGGCUCACACCUGAGCGGAUACGAUCGCACUUCCGAGAUGUAUUCACCGCGCUGCGACAGAUUCACGGCAAAAGCAUCAUCCACAGAGACAUGAAACCUUCGGCUAUCCUCCUGAAGUCGCCUGACGGACCGGCAUAUCUCGCCGACUUUGGUACAGCCUGGCACCCUCAACUAUCCUGCGCCACCGAGCCGCAAGACGCCAAGAUUCUCGAUAUCGGCACGGGGCCUUAUCGCGCACCGGAAGUUCUUUUUGGUGACAAAGGAUACGGUACCGCGGUGGACAUGUGGGGUGCUGGCGCCAUGUUGGUUGAGUGUUGUCGACCUUCUCAUGUGCCGCUGUUCGAAUCCAGGGCAGCGCAUGAGGAUGGCAACCAACUAGGCCUCAUCCUAAGUAUUUUCAAAACCAUCGGAAGCCCUACAGCGGAGACAUGGCCUGAGGCUGUGAAUUUCAAGACACCGCCAUUUCGGAUGUACCAGACGAUACAAGGGAAAACAUGGGAUGACAUCUUGGACGGUGUUCAGCCCGACUUUGCUGACCUUGUUCGGGCAAUGAUAAAAUAUGAAAGCAAAACCCGAGUCACUGCCGCGCAGGCUCUAGAAUUUGACUGUCUCCAAUAAGAGGCUGCCUAGCAUAGAUCAAAUCUAUCGUGCAAUGUGCUCAAUCCACAUCAUCUGGGCGACUAGCAUCGUCGACCUUGACGUCUCCCAACUUCUUCCUUGCCUCCUCGAUCGAUUUGUCCUCGUCGUGCGGCUCGUUGUCAUCAUGCUUUCCGUGAUCGUCCUCGUGUUUCGGAUCCAUCCUCGAUCUGCUGUCCUUCUUCUGGGCCUCGACGGUUCCCGGCUUGAGCGAACCAUCCUCGUUGACAUCCUCCUUGAGGUACAGACUGAAAGUGACUGCCAGGUACAGGUCACCCGUCUUGCGGUUCCGGAGAACGUAUCUAAGCGUGUGUGAGCGCUUGGGGGGCCUAGUGAAUGACCAGGUGGAGUUAUACGCGUAUGAGAAAACAAGUCCAGUAUCCAAAUCUUCCUUUAAAGAAGAAAAACACCACACCGAGUUUGACCAGCCCUUGGGUUCCACGGAGGGCGAACAAUACCACCAAGUAGGCAAAGUCGCAACCACAGCCGACAUCCCAUGUCUCAGCCGCACAAUAUGCCGCAGUCAUAACAAUGGAAAGGCCGGCGGGUGAACUUGAAGGUGUCAAAAACUUUAAGGGACGGGAUAAACUUACCGUGCGCCCUGUCCGUCCCAAUACUUCAUGAUGGGCAAAUGGAAGCCAGGUAGCCUCAGUGCAAACUCAUUGAAAUCGAUAUAGGGGUUGAAAAAGUCGGUCGAGUAUUCCCUGCCGUACUCCCAAACCCACUUCUCCUUGCUGUCCGCCUUGAGCGCCCACUUCAUCCUGGCCUUUGCAUCAUCCGGUGCACCCGUAGACCUGCGGCUCUCAAAGCCGGCCUCAUCAUUGGCACCCUCCUCGAUCCAGAGGCCGAC